CGCCGCACAGUCAGGUUGAUGGAGAGAAGAAGAGGAGAGAGACAUGGUGGAGAUGUAACAAACAACGGAAACAACUAUUUUAAUGUUCUUAGUUUCCCUCCAUCGUGCAUUUGACUUUUCUCUACUUUGUUUACUUUUCUUUCUUAUUUCACGGCGGUUUUGCCGCUUUACGGUCAGAGUCGUGUAUCCUUGGCAACGCGAACAACUGUCCUGCGAAGUUUGGAUCAAGUGUUCCACCUUCAGCCGGAAAACAAACUGGAUAUUUACCCGCUAAACUAACGGAACUGACUCCGGGCUGCAUGAGAGCGUUUGUGGAAGUGUUUCUAACAGUUGUAUUCAUAUUUAACGCUUUUAAUUGGAAACCUACUGUUUAGGGAAACGGGGCAGCGCGAGACAAUAGUGGUGUGAGAGAAGCUCGUGCAGGGGGGGAUCGAUGCCUCGCGGGGGCUUUGUUCUGUCCUGUGUGGUGACCCACCGCGAGCCUGCUGCGGAUAUCGACUGAUUGACCGGUGGAUUUAUGAUCGGUUGGUGACUGAUAAACGGACUCGGAACCAUGGACGUGACUCUGUCCGAGUUACUGGCCACUUUCAUGGAGUCACCGCUGGUGGUGUGGGUGCGCACGUUGGGUCCUUUGGGUUCAUGUGACGACGUAGGCUCAGAGGAGCGGGUCAACAUGUUUAUGGAACUGGUGGACGGCGUCUUCCUGCACAAGAUCAUGACACACAUUGACCCCAGCCCAACCAAUCAAAGGCUGAACAAGAAUGUGAACAAUGAUGUGUCGCUUCGCCUUCACAACCUGAACGUUCUCACCAGACACAUCAGGACGUACUACCAGGAGAGCUUACAGCAGUUGAUAGUCAUGCCCCUUCCUAACAUCCUCUGCAUCGCCAAGGAUCCACUGUCAGCAAAGAGCAUGGAGGAGCUGAAAAGACUUUUGUUGCUGAUAUUAGGCUGUGCUGUACAGUGUGAGCGUAAAGAGGAGAUGAUAGAGAAGAUCAAGCUGCUGGACAUUGAGACCCAAGCUGCCAUCGUCUCUCACAUUCAGGAGGUGACCCAUAACCAGCUGAAUGUUCUUGACCUGUCCUGGAUGGAGGAAGGAUCAGAGCUCCCACACGAAGAUCUGGAACCACUGUCCCGCAACAUGGCUGCAUCGCUACAGCAACUGAUUGACCAGAGAGACAAAGCCAGUGAGGUGAUUGUUGAUCUGACCCAGGAGAGGGACUACCUGUCCAGUCAACAGCCGCAGGAGGGGUGCAGGAACCUGGGCCUGAGCAGCCCUGAGCGUGGGCAGAGUGCUGGAGGUGUGGGAGUGAAUAACGGUGGAUUGGCUGUGACGGUGUCUGGACUGACCAAAGAGGAGAAGCAGCAUCUGUCCGUGGAGCUCGCUGAUACCAAGGCUAAGCUCCGCAGAUACAGACAGGAACUGGAGGAGAAGACAGAGCAGCUGAUGGAUUCUAAACAUGAAGUAGAGCGACUGGAUCAGGAGUUACAGAAACAGAAACAAGAGAACCAGUCGCUGUCUUGUGAGGCUCGUUCGGUCAGAGUGUACCGGGACGAGGUGGACUCACUGAGGGAAAAAGCAGCGCGGGUCGACCGACUGGAGACUGAACUGACCAGAUGCAAAGAAAAACUCAAUGAUGUUCACUUCUACAAGACCAGAGUGGAGGAGCUUCGUGAGGACAACCUGACUCUCAUGGAGACAAAGGUCCUGUUGGAGGAGCAGCUCUCAGCCUCCAGGGGGCGCUGUGAUAAACUACACACGUUGGAGAAAGACAACCUAUUACUUCGAGCUAAAAUACACGACCUGGAAAUGGAGAGGGACAAUGAGCGUCGGAGGUUGGAAGAGCUGGUGGAAGAGAACAUGCUGCUGGAGAUUGGACAGAAACAGAGUAUGAACGAGUCAGCUCAUCUGGGCUGGGAGCUGGAACAGCUGACCAAGAACCAUGACAACACUAACACAGAGACUCGUAAGUCGUUAGUCCAUGAGCUGAACGAGUGUGUUUCCAGUCGGGUGUUGAAGCUGGAGAAGGAGAACCGGGAGCUUCAGGCCUCUAUAGAGAGACUGAAAGAGGAGAACCACCUUAUGCAGGAGCAGCAGCUCCACACCCAGGAGCUGGACAGGGAGAACCAAAGCCUCAGCAAGAAGUUGGACCGGCUCCAGGGUUUAUUGGACCAGGAGAGACUGACCAAUCAGGACAUGGAGUCGCUGGGAGAAGAAAUAUUGAAGGAAAAGCAGAGUCUGGAGAGAGAACUGCACACUCUUAAGGCUGAGAAAGACAGACAGAUCUCAGAGCUGGAGAGUGAGAAGCAGCACCUCUCUGAUGCUGUGGUGUCCCUACAAGAGCGCGCUCAGUCAAACAGCGAGGCAAGAGUCCGUGAGGUGGAAACAGAGAACCGUCUGCUGCACCAGAACAUCACUGACACCAGCUCCCGAUUGGCCAGCUUAGAGACACAACUCAAACUAGCCAGUGAGGAUGCAGAGAGGCUGAGGGAAAGGGCACGGCGGUGUGAAGAGGUGGAGCGAGAGGUGGCGAGGCUGGAGAGGAGCAGGGACGCUCUGAACAGAGAGGUGGCCUCUCUGCGUGCAUGCAGCGAGCGGUCAGAGACUCUAGAAAAGCAGGUGUCCUCCCUGGAGCAGGAGGUGCACAGGCUGAAACGGGAGGCAGAGGAGGCCCAGCGGGAGCAGCAGCGACUGGAAAAGUAUGAGGCAGAAAACAGCCUAAUGUCAAAGGAGAACCUGGACCUGCGCUGCUCCUUGGAAAACCUGCGCUCCUCAUCCGCCCGCCUGGCCACCCUCCAGGAGGAGCACAAAGAGGCACAGAGAGAGACACAGGAUCUGCAGAGGAUGCUGGAAGAGGCCAGGGAGGAGGCACAAGGAGAGAGGAAGAAGGUAGAGAGGCUGGAGCUGAACCUGGCAGCUUUGAACCAGGAGAAGCAUCGCUUAGAGGAGGAAAUACAGAAGAGCAAAGACGAGAGGGAGGAGGAAGAGAGAGAAAAGCAGGAGACUCAGGCCAGAGAGGAGGAGCUGAGAAGAGAAGUGGAAGAACUGAAGGAGGAGCGGAAAAGGAGAGAGGAAGUUGAGGAGGAGAGGAGGAAGCUCCAGCUGGACUUGGAGCAGUCAGAGAAGGGCAGGAAACACCUGGAGAAGGAGAGCUGGAGGAUCAGAACCCAGCUGGAGGGCAAAGAGACAGAACUGGAGGAGAAAGCCAGGCGAUUGGCCACAGUGCAGAAAGAGGGUGUGGCUCUGAGUAAGGAAGUGGAUAGGCUGAAGGAAGUGUCAGUCAAAGCCAAGGAGUUGGAAAGGGAGAACAAGGAGCUGCAGAAACAGGCAACGAUUGACAAGAGGACUCUGGCCACUCUGAGAGAGGAGCUGGUGUCAGAGAAGCUGAGUGUUCAGCAGCAGAGUGUUGAGUUAGAGAGACUCAAUGAAGAACUGGAGAAGAUCGGACUGAACAGAGAAAAACUACUACAGCAAGAACACACACUGGAGGACAGCAGGUACAGGCUGCUGGAGUCUCGGCUUGAGGAAACUGUCCAACAGACGAUGAAGAUUAAAGAGGAGAAAAUCUCCUGUCUAGAAAAGAAACUCGAGGAGAGCAAGACACUCAACACUAAACUACGUGCUGAGCUAGCCACUGGGGAAGAAAACCAUAACUCCCAGCACCACUCAGGAAGUGACAGGGGUCAAGGGUCAGCUACUGCUGAGCUUCUACGAAUGAAAGAUCAUCUCAUUGAUGUGGAAAAGAAUAAUGCCUCCCUGCAGACAGAGAGCAGUCUGUUGAAGGGGCAGCUCAAACAGCUGGAGAACCAGAACUCAUCUCUUAACAACCAGAUGUUGGCAUUGCAGCGACACAUCACCACUCUGCAGGAACAGAAUUCAGGCUUACACACUCAGACAGCAAAAAUACAGGUGGAGAACUCCACGCUGUCUUCCCAAAGUGCAUCUCUCAUGGCCCAGAAUGCCGUGCUGCAAGGCCAAGUCACUGCUUUGGAGUCGGAGGUAGAGUCGUGGCAGAGGCAGCGCGAGGAGGCAUGGCGGGGCAGAGAAAGCGUGCUCAGCGACCAUGAACGCCUGCUGAGCGUUCAUGAGAGGCAAGCGCAUGAGUACGAGCAGCUGAUCAGUCAGCACGCUGCACUGAAAGGCAAACAGAGAACGCUAGAGAGCGAACACAGGACGCUGCACAGCAAGUAUUGUAAUUUGCUGCAGCAGAAGGAGAAAUGGGAGGAGCAGGAGGGGCAUGGUCGAAAAGAGAAGGAGCAACUAAACCAGGAGAUCCAGAAGAAUCGGCUACUACAGCAAGAGAAUCUACAGCUGAAAACAGAAGUGGACAGAUUAACAGAGAACCAAUCACAGCAGUCAGAGCAGAGUGAGGGGCUGCAGCAGCGCUUGAAUGAACUCAAGAGCUCAUUAAGCACGGCCCAGUUGGAACAGAGCCGAUGGAUGGCACGAUAUGAUUCGCUAAUGGAGCAACACCAGGGCCUGGAUCUAACUAUGACCAAACUAGACAACCACUGCGAGCUGUUGAGUCGACUGAAAGGGAACCUGGAAGAGGAGAACCACCACCUCCUGAGUCAGAUCAACCUGCUGAGUCAGCAGAACCACACACUGCUAGAGAGGAGCAUGGAGAGCAAAGAGUUGUAUCACCAGGAGCAGAAACUCUACAUUGAUAAGCUGAAUGCUCUUCGUCGUCAGAAAGAGAAACUAGAGGAGAAGAUCAUGGACCAGUACAAGUUCUACGACCCCACACCGAAAAAGAGGAGUCAGUGGUCUGGAGCCAAAGCUUUAGCCAAACUGAUCAAACCCCGAAAGGAGAGCAGCAGGGAAAGAGGAGCGGACCGAGACAAGGAAGGAGCCAAAGACAGGGAACGAGCAAAGAGUGCCCCAGACAUCCCACUGCCUUCCCCACCUCCCCUCCUCCCCCCUGAAACCCCACCACUGCUUCCCCAGCGCACAGGAAGUGACACACAGGAUAGUGGCCUUAGUCACAGUAACCAUAACAACCACACCACCAGCACCAGCCUGGGACCCCAGAGUCCAGCCCUGACGCCCAUCAGCCGAGGUAUGACUGACAGGGGCAGAGGGGUUUAUCGUAGCAGUACUCCAGGAGGCAGCAAUGAGAGUGUCAAUGGAGAGGAUGGCCAUGGACAAGGUCAGAGCCAUAAAGCUCUGAGUUCCACUCCAAGCCAUCCGUCAUCCUCUUUGGGCCUAAUUAACAACUCCAGCUCCAGAAUGGGACAAGGCCCUGGCCGCAGGCAAAGAGGUCCGUUAUUUGAUGAAGACUCCCACCACAACACCUCUGACUCUGUUUUUGGUCAACAUGGCAACACGGGAGGUCGCCCAGGAUCGGCAGACUUCAGCCACAACACUUCCAGCUCCAACUCACCUGUCAACUGCAGAGACACGUCAGAACGUCAAAUUCGCUCAGCCAGCCUCUCCAGUGAUGACGUCAUGGGUCUCAGCCAAUCGCAACAGAAUCUGUCACGUAGUUCCACCCUUCCAUACGACCACACACCCCAAAGAGCCCAACCACAGCGUGGAGGUGCGGUUAGGACUAAGACCCGUCCAUCUUCUCCCGGAAGUGAGAUGGUGACACUGGAAGAGUUUCUACACGAGAGCAACCUACAGUCACCGCCUAUGGUGUCCACAGGAAGCAGGGAGGACUUGAUGACCGACUAUUUCACCAGAAGUCCCGCCCCCUCAGCUCCAGCUGGCAGAGAUCAGGGGACUCCCACCAGCUAUGUCACACCAACUGUACAGUCAUCCAACCAGAGGCCGGGCCAGAGCGUUAAGCCAUCACCUCGCCAGCCUGUAGGUCAGUCCCCCGCCUCAGGUCAGCCUGUCACCCAAAGAAGCAGCCAGUCACUGAGCAGAGCUUUCAGCCUAGCCUCAGCUGAUUUGCUGCGCUCCAACGGACCAGACAGUUUCCGUGGAAAUGAAGGCCAAUCAGACGCAGUCAUUAGGAGACAAGGAGGAGGGGCCAGUGGGAGAGAACGGCCGCUGUCAGCUCGGCUGGCGGGUCCGACCAAUCAGCAUGGAGAUAGCAGCUUUCUAAAUCCGCCUAUUCACCAUUCGUCCUCUCUCAAUCUGCAAACGGAGAGAUACGCAGAGAGAGAAAGAGACAGAGGGAGGGCUCCCGUCUCUCGGAAUGGCCCCACUGCUUCCUCCUCCUACCACCACCGUGGAGAGGUCGCCAUGGUAACCCCUGUCAGGGCCGUGCCUGCCCCACGACCUGAUGAAGCCUCAGAGCAUGGGGAAGUGUUAAGGGAGGGGCGGUCAGGUGACUCCUCCCACUUAAAGAAAGAAAGUGACAGAGCGAGGUGUGGCUCUGUGGAACGCCCGAAAAGCACUCCUGCUUCCCCUGACCCCAACAACGACCCUCAGACUGUGUGGUAUGAAUACGGCUGUGUCUAAACACUGACACUAAUGAACGUCUAUAGGUGUGGCUGUGACUAAAGACGGGAAUACUGGAGCUUUACGGGCUGAGUCCGAACCCUCAGACACAAGUAAUCAGUCUCUGGACUGUGCUCUUUGUACUGUGGAUAAAUGUUAUGACUCUUGAAGUGUACGGUUAAGCUUUGCUCAUACACAACAUCAACUGGAAACAAGACUAAAUCCUGGAAAGCAAAGCCACAUUUUAAACAAAUCUCUACAUGAAAGAGUUCAGUUUGUCUUUUCGGGAACAAACUUUUUUUAGACAAGUAACCAAACCUGAUACCAUACACGUCACCUGCCAAUACAGCUGAUUAAAACAGUCUAUCAGGAAGCUUCCUAAAGUGAAACAGCUGCACACAGACAAGCACAUCACACCUUAAAUACUGGAUCUAUAGAGUCAAUUUCCUUUUGGCAUUUUUCAUCUCAAGCUGAAUCUCUCUGAAGAGGGUGGGAUAUAGAUUUGAGCUCAAUCAUUGAUUGCUUUUUUUAAGGAUUUAGACGUGGACAUCACAACACUAUAGAUGGUCUCUAAGAAUGCUGGAAAUCAUUGGUCUCUGCUGUUUUAUUAUCACUGUGUUUACUGUGAUCCAGCAAAAAGCCAGGGCCCACAGGAUGUUUUUUUUUUUGUUCUGGGGCAAAGGAGCCACCAAAAGAGAUUUUUUAAAAAGGUGUUGUAAUUACUGGCUGUUUUAAAAAUUAACAGUGGAUAUUUUAACCAGAUGAUGAUUCAGAUUUUUUUUAAGAGUGCUAAUUUUAACAAAUACAGAAAUGGAGAUGGGAGCUGAGAUGUCUAAAGUUUGAGAAUCCAUAACACUUAAAGUCUGCAGGAACAGAGGACAAGUGCUACAUGCAUAGUUGUGGACCGAAAUACUAAGAAUGGGCUUAGUCUAUGAGCUGGAACUCUUUGACUGCUGACCGACACGCUGUCCGGUCCUGCUAAUGUUUACCUGGAUGCUACCAACUCAGCAGAACUGUACGCCAGGAAUUAGCCAGCACCAAGAUGAGUGAUUGAACUAAAGUGAAGGCAACCAGAAGCACCAGAGCGACUGAAUGUAUCAGAUUUCUCCCCCUUUUUUGUCCUCUUCCUUUUCCUUCAUUAUCUAGAUCAAACACUGGGAAAGACCAGUGAGAGAAAGGAAGGAAAUGGAGGAAUGUAAGCAAAGAGAGUUGAGGCAAGUGAAGGAGAAAUGAGGUAAAGAGAUAGAGGGUGAGAGUAAAUUGAGGGAUGCUGGGAUAGAGAGCGGUGGACAGAUAUAGAGAUGGACGGAGUGACGGGAGGACACAUAGAUAAACAGGACAAAGAUGGUGGUGCUCCUCCCAGUUAAAUUACAGUCUUUCUCCCUCCAUCUUUAGAUUCUGUCCCAGCAUGCAACACUCUGACACUUUACUGGAAAUGUUGCUCGGCCUGAGCCAACACUAGUUUCACAAACACACACCCAUACGCAUUCGUACACACACAUAAUGAUAUAUACAGACACAGAGGAAUUGUCCUUGAGGGGUUGGUUGUGGCUUCGCUGACCAUUGGACGUAAUUCACACACACAUGCACACACACACACCACUGGGUAAACCACUGUGUUUUGGUUGGGUGUACUGCUGCACGCUAAGUUAGCGAGACAGUUGUGAGCACUGCACAACAGAGAGGAAGAGAGAGAGAGAGAGAGAGAGAGAGAGAGAGAGAGAGAGAGAGAGAGAGAGAGAGAGAGAGAGAGAGAGAGAGAGAGAGAGAGAGAGAGAGAUUCAGGCUGAAUCCAGACCCACUGUAAUCUGGAUGGUAGAAUAUGUAUGUCAUGAAUCAGCUUUGUUUUAUAAUGCACGAAUGCACCAAGUGUUUGACAAUUUCCUCUGUUGGUAAAGAUGACUUUGUUCUCAUUACACAAUGGGUCCAAGUGGCUCUGAUGAAUCUCUUGACUUUGGUGCACCAUGCUCACAUUUUACACCAGCAUACACAUCGUUAUGUUGGUCAACACGUCAUGUAUCAUUUGUUCUAUUCAUAUUCAAUAGAGUAUCCAAAAUCAGAAAAAUGAAAAACAAUGUUAUUUCCUUAUUCAUUCAUAAAUCUUUGUUUAUCUUGUUUUUGUACUUGAAAUUGUAUGCUUAAGUCAUAAAUAGUUAAUGCAAAUACAGGCCAUGGAGCAAAUUUGAUCAUGAUCAUUAAUACAAUUGUGCAAUUCCUGAAAAAGUCUUAAAAUGUCUUACAUUUAGUUAUAUGGAUAUUAGACCUUUAUAGUCAUGAAAUUACUUUAUACCUGCACUUACCUGUUGACACAAUGUUGAUUAACCUAACUCACUUUUAUAACCAUAUUCCUACAUAAACCUUAAAUCUGCACGGGACCACAUUUAUACUGUUCACCUUUAUACUUACCUGCAGUACUUGAAUAAGAAAGAUGAUUUCCCCAAAAAUCAGUCUUAAAUUUGGUAAGAAUUAUCUUCAAAAGGUCUUAAAAAGCAUUAAAUGUAAGUUUCUGAUACCUGUAGACACCCUGAUUUAAUGUGUUUGAUCUGUGUGAACAGGAAGUCCUCGACUUUUUUGUGUCUUGUACUUGAUAAACAUGUAGCAAAUAGAAAACGGGUUAAAGUUGCUGCCUACAGUCUAACUCUCUGUAUCCAUGGUGAUGUUAUACGUCCUGCUGCUAUUAACGUGACAUUUUCCAAAAUACUUUGUUGGAAGAAAAGAACACUUACGUUGAUGUUCAAACUCUGUUCAGUACAUUAAAUCAGGUGGCACCAUCGCCCAAGUGUAUUUGCUACAAAGUAAUGCCACCUUACUUUUCAAGCGAUUUCACUGUCGCAAAUAAUUUUCAAGGUCGGAAUAAAAUCAUGAGAUAUACCUCAGUUGGUGCGCACUCCUGUGGUGUCAAUCGUUUGGUGUAAGGCGGUCAUAAAACUCAGUCCAAGCUGUCUUAAAUCCGUCUUUUUCUCAUCUUGAUGUUAUUAUAAGUCUUUAGUCUUAGGUCGUGUAAAUACUGCAGUUCAAUGAUGUGAACAUUGUCAACAACCCAUAGCUGUGCUCUCUACAGCACCAAACAAGAAGCAGCAAAUGGGGUCAACAGUAAUCAUGGAGGGGACUCUGAGGAGGCGCAAGAAUGUGAACAGGUCUUGGUUCUCUUGUUCUGUGGAAAAGGAGGAGAAAUGGAGUUGCUGAGUAAACAACAGUCAGUGUUAAAUCUGUGUGUAUCUGAUCCACCAACCAGCACUUAGUUAAGUGAGAAAUCUAAAUCCCCCCCCCCCCCGGCCGCCUCCUCCCACUGAAAUAGCACAGCUAAGCAAUAGAGACUGACAGCAAGCUGAGGUGACAAAAUCCCAAAUAUUAAGUUUGUAUGCAAAUACAGUUUAAUUUAAUGGAUUAUUUUGAUGCUGAAUUUACAAGAAUACUGUCGACAUAUGAGGCCUUUUAUCUUGUGUAUCCAGAAUUAUGCGUUUUAAAGAAGAAGCAGGCCUUCCUUUGUUAGUAUCUUAAGGGGAAAUUUGUGGACAUGUAAGAAAUGUUUUUUUAAAGGGAAUUUAGAGUAAUAUUUCCCACCAGGUGCAGGAUGGGAAAUAAUCUCAAGAGGAAUCUAGUUGUAGUCUUGCAAAAAGUGACCCUGUAAAACCCACAGUCUUAGUAAAAUCCUACAAUGUGAGACUAAAAGCUCACUUUUUCUUUAGCUGUCAGAGGCUGUCAGACUUUAGUGUUUUUAUAUUCUUUGCAAAGACAUGGUCACACAUAUCAGACAUAAUGGAUCAUAGUCAGUUUUUUCAUUUCCUAUUUUUGACUCAAGCAUAAAGUCGAAGUACAAAAAAACAAGCUGUUAUGAGGUUUUUUUUUGUUUCUUUUAAAUUCAUUUUUGACUAACAUAACAUUGUCUUUACAUUUUCUGAUUUUGGAUUCCAUUUUGAAUAUGAAAAGAAGGAAUGAUAAACAGAUUGGUCACACAGCAGGUUGAUGUUCUCUCAGUCUGGUAACAACAGUAAUCUUUUAGUGUCUGCCAUUCAGUACGUUUACAUGACAUUAGAGCAAACUAAUUUAUUUUUAGUCCAACUCAAACAGGACUUUUCAAAUACAUGUUAGUCCAACUGAAAUUGGACCAAAUCGGAUUUCUCAUAGCCGACUAACAUACCCAGAUAAUGCGGUUGGGAGUUGAAUUACUUGUGCAUGUAUACAGUCAGUCGGACCCAAACUGGCCUAGGCGCUCUGCGGAUGCUCCACAGUUUUGGCCUCUGGCCUUGACCCAGAAGUCAAAUAGCAUUAAAUACAUAACAGAAGAAGAAGCCGGUAACAACAUGGAGAAAUCUACAUCCAGAGCCGUGCAUUUUUGGACAGACGAAAUGUACAGAGCUGUAAAGUUGUCCACCAUGGUACCAGUUUGCCGCCAGCUAACCGUAGCUUACCGAUUGUUUGGUCUGUGACGUAAUAGGUCAACUGGAGAAAGGUCCAAUACUAACAAGCUGACAGGGGGUGUAUCGCCACCUAUCAUAGCGGAGUCAGACAUAAUUUGGUCAAUCGAUCGAUUCUCCUCCUGUGCUUGUAUACUGGGACAGGGACAGUAGUCCAAUUAAAUGGCCAGCUAUAACCGUAGCUCAUGGCGCCACAUUUAACAGAAAUGUGUCUAAAACACACACACAAGGGCACGCAUAAGAGAAUUGAGUUAAGACUGAGAAUCACUGAUCAUCUCACACUACAUGACCUCAGUACUGGAUUGUUUUUGUAUCUUAUCACUCAUCUUCCUGUCUGAAACUUGAACAACGAAAGGAAGAAGCACACAAAGUUGAGGUUUUACUGGAGACGCACGUAUGGUUUCUGUAUCAGUGUCUUCAUCACUGGUGAUGACUGUUGGGGGAAUUUUCAAAUACUUGGUGUAUUAUUGGAGGCCACUGAACAAAGAUAAGAGGAUGAAGAGGUGGGAGAAAUGAAUGGAAGUAUGCCUUGGAGACAGAUGAUGAUGUUAAUGGGAGACAAAAAAUGAAUCUCAUGCUGAUCAUGCUGAUGAACUGACCUUUUGUCUGUACUGCUGUCUGUAAAUACAAACCUGUCCCUCCUGCAUUAUUAACAACUGACAGUAAAGACAUUCCUAAAAGCACUAGAAUGAUGAUGAUGAUGAGGAGGAAGAAGAUGUAACACUGGAGUUAAUGAAAAUGAAGAUUUGACUGGAAUCCAUCACUAACCUUACCGCUCACCUUCUGAACAAAAAGCACAUGUCAAUAUGCAAAGAGCUAAAUUAUUUUACCUGUAACAUUUAUACAUGAUAUUAGAUUUUAUAAACUGGGCAGAUAUGAGACUGGGGAUACUUUUUGUAAAAUCGUCUGGAGCUUCACUUUGAAAAUGUUUGAUACCAAAAAACAAAUCCAUAUUAAUUCCUGUAAACUGGUAAAAAAAAAUGUGGCCCCAAGAUUUGUAGACUUUUUCAAAAAUAAAAAUGCUAGUAGUGAGAAGAUGUUAGCAGAUGAAGUAACAUGAUAUGAUUCACUGUAGACUGCAGGCUGAUGCUGUCGAUAGUGCUGCAACCUGUCUGCCUGUUGUGGGGUUGGUGUGUGUUGCAUUGUUUGUGCUGCACUUAAAGCAUCUCUACAUUAUUAGUUUCCAAAGCCUCUCAGGCCAUUUCUGUGUGUGUGUGUGUGUGUGUAUGUGUAUGUGUGUGAGUCAGUUUCAGUUUGCUGACGUCAAUAGAAAACCAUAUUGAAUCCCGAGAAACAAUAUUUCUUUAGAGGAAAUAACACCAUCACACACUUGUGUUUCGCAUUAUCAGUUAUUGGCUUUGUGAAAAGUGUGUGUUCUUGUGUGUCUACUUGUCUCUGUGCCCGCUUUGCUGGAGACCAAUCUGUCCACCUGUUCUACGGAUCCAUUAUACACCAGUUUGGGUGAGAUUGUUUGUAUUGGUCUGCUUAACCUGCUUAAAACAACACCAAAAUCCUCAGCUUGACUCUGGUGCUUCCCAUUCAGGGGACCAACAGGCUGAUUUCCUGAACUCUUGGUGUCGUCUGUGUGUGGGUCUCAGCACCAGACGAUUAAAAAGGACACCAAAUCGCUGCAGGACGUUGCAGCGCCACAUGAGGGAAGUGAAAGCAGAAGAUGAAAUAGAGCUGACAUCACUGACAUUUCCUGCUGUAACUGGAAUAACUUUAGUUCACUUUAUGACCAUCGCUGACUGCUAUGCUGUGAUGUGACUACUGUAAUAAGGCUACUAGUGUGAUUCAGUAGAAACUGAGGUUGAUAUUAUUUCACCCAAAAGCUUUUUGGUAAUAAAGUUUUAUAAACUUGAA